UGCACCUCAGUGUACAUGCUUAGUCCCUCGUUACGCGCCUCACGUGUCUUGCUAAUCACGACUCCAUUCGAUGUGAGUUUCCAUUCCACGAUAUCCCUUACGCUUGGUGUUUAUGGUGCAAGUAUAACCGUAAUUGUGUGAAGCGAAAAUAUGGCGAGGUAUGGACAGCGACCUGAAAAUGCUCUGAAACGGGCAAAUGAGUUUAUUGAUGUGGGUAAACCAGCCCGAGCAUUAGACACAUUACAAGAAGUCUUCCGUAAUAAAAAAUGGACGUACAAUUGGCCGGAGUCUGUGUUAGAGCCGAUAAUAUUCAGAUAUUUGGAUCUCUGUGUAGAACUGAAAAAAUCGCACAUAGCGAAGGAGGGCCUGUUCCAAUACAGAAACAUGUUUCAGUCUGUCAAUGUUGGCAGCUUGGAAAACGUGAUACGUAGCUAUCUGAGAAUGGCUGAGGAAAAGACUAACGCAGCGCGUAAACAGAGUCAGCAAGCCGUAAUUGAUAUCGACGAUCUUGAUAAUCUUGCCACGCCUGAGAGUAUCCUUCUGUCGGCUGUCAGUGGAGAAGACGCGCAGGACAGGAGCGAUCGUACUAUUUUGACGCCUUGGGUGAAGUUCUUGUGGGAGUCGUACUGCCAAUGCCUGGAGUUGCUCAGAACUAAUGCGCACGUGAAGACUCUCUAUCACGAUAUUGCGCGUAUGGCUUUCCAGUUUUGUCUCGAGUACAAUCGUAAGACUGAAUUUCGUAAAUUGUGCGAGAAGUUGCGAAAGCAUCUCGAGGAAAUAUGUAAACUGCCGCCGCUUGUGUUGAACGUUUCCAUGAACAAGACGGAGACACAACAGUUAAAUUUAGAGACUUGAUUGAACCAAUUGGAUUCUGCGAUACAAAUGGAGUUAUGGCAAGAAGCUUUUAAAUCUUCGGAGGAUGUGCACGGUAUGAUGAAUUUAACGAAGAAACUUCCUGUACCAAAAACUAUGGCUAAUUACUACCAGAAGCUGGCUAUGGUGUUUUGGAAAGCUGGAAAUUAUCUUUUCCAUGCAGCCGCGUUAUUCAAGUUAUUGCAACUCUCGCGUGAAAUGAAGAAAAAUAUGUCCUCGGAAGAGCAACAGCGAAUGGCGAAUCGUGUCUUGUUGGCUACAUUGUCAAUACCAUUACCGUCCGCACAUCCUGAAUUCGAUCGUUUCAUAGAAACCGACAAAAGCCCGUUAGAAAAGGCACAGAAACUCGUGACUCUCUUGGGACUCUCGCAACCACCGACGCGUAUCUCUCUAUUGAAGGACAUUGUGCGCUUGAAUGUUGUCAUUCUUGCGUCGCCGCAGCUACAGGAGCUGUAUUCGUGGCUAGAAAUAGAGUUUCAUCCAUUGGAAUUUUGCAGCAGAGUUGAUUCCGUUAUUCAAAUGUUGCAAGCGGACGAGAACAGUUCACUAAUCCAGUAUGUGCCAGCCUUGUAAGAUGUGACGCUUGUACGUCUUGUUUAUCAGGUCUCGCAAGUCUACCAAACCAUACAGUUUUCCAAGCUUUUAGAACUGGCCAAGUUCACUACUGAUUUUCAUUUGGAACGGCUCUUGGUAGACUGUGUACGCUACAAUGACAUGCAAAUCAGAAUAGACCACGGUAAAUCGUGUAUUCAUUUCGGAGUAGAUCUUUCAGAGGCCCAACGGGAGGACCAUCCGGAUGGUCCGAUAUUGCAAGCGAUGCCCUCUGAGCAAAUACGUUGUCAAUUAGUGAAUAUGGCAACUGUAUUACAUCGCGCAAUCAACGUGAUCAAUCCUAACAAGAAGAAGCUUGAGCGCGAAAAGCUGCGCAGCGCGAUGGUUGCGCACUAUCACGAGACUAAAAUGAAAGAGCAUCAGAGAAUCCUUGGUCGACACAAGAUUAUCGAAGAGCGAAAAGAGUACAUCGAGCACAUCAAUACCGUGCGCGAAGAGGAAGAGAUGCGUCGACAAGAGGAGCUGCAGCGGCAGCAGAUGCUAGUCGAAAAGAAGCGACUUGAACAGGAGCGCGAGGAGCGUGAGAGAAAGCGUCAACAGAACGAGAUUCAGCAGAUUAAAGAUCGUCACCUCAAGGAAAAGAUGCAACAAAUCUCGCCGACAAGCCACGGACAGAAGGUAUUGAAGAAGCUGGACGAGGACGAGAUCAAGAAACUCGACGCGGAACAGAUUGCUGCGCGAGAAGCCGAGGAAUUGCAAAAAGAGCGCAGAGAAAUGCAACAAAAACUUAAGUCCCAGGAGAAGAAGGUCGAUUACUUAGAGCGUGCUAAACGCCUUGAGGAAAUUCCGUUAUUAGAGAAGGCUGUGGAAGAAAGAAUGCAACUGGCGAAGCAGCUUUGGCAUCAACAAGAAGACGAACGGAUCGCCGUUGCCAUUGAAGAACGACAGGAAGCUGUUGCUACUCGAGAACGCCUGGCACGAAUGAAAGAGGAUCACGACAUUUUCCUGUCCAAGAUUCUGGCUGAACGUAGGAGUAUAUACUUAGAGAAACUACAAGAGUUUGAAAAAUUGUCAAAUGAAGAGCGCGCCAAGCGGUUAUUAAAACGUAAAAUAGAGCGCAAGGCUGAGCGUAAAAUGAAAUGGGAGAAGAAACGCGCCGAAGCUGCCGAACAAAGACGGCUAGAAGAAUUGCGCAUCAAACAAGAAGAGGAAGAGAAACGUCUAGAAGAAGAAAGAGCCAAAAGAGAAGAGGAAGAGAGAAUCAGACGAGCCGAGGAAGAAGCCAAGGAAGCCGAGCGUUUGGCUAAGCUUAAGAAACAAGCUGAAAUUGCCAGAGCCAGGGAUGCCGAAAUCGAACGUAAAUUGGAAGAGGAACGUCAGAAAGAUAAAGAACAAGCAUCAAUGUGGCGGCGUAUGGAUAGAGAUCACGAUCGUGAUCGCGAACGUGAUCGUGAUAGUUCCAAAUCUGCAACAGAGUCAUGGCGACGUAAUCCCGAUAAAGAUUCUGAUGGACUCAAGAAUGAAACAGAACGUUGGAGGAAACGUGAUGAUAAAAUCGAAGAUUCUUCAUGGAAGAGAAAGGAACUGGAACGGCGGGAUACGGAUAAGUGGAGAAGAAACGAUGACAUGGACAGAUGGAAGAAGGACACUACAGAGAAAUGGAGAAAGGACGAUAACUAUGAUAGAGAUGAUUUGAGAGAUCGGGACAGAUUGGAAAACCGUGGUUUUGACAAAAGAGACGAUCGUGACCGCGAUCGUGAGCGCGAUCAUGACCGUGACCGUGACCAUGACCAUGACCGUGACCGUGACCGUGACCGUGACCGUGGAAUAGAUGGACGUGGUAUACGUGAUGUGCCACGUGAACGACGUGGUUUUCGUCGUGACGAACCAACUCGCAGUACCAAUCAAGAUUGGCGAAAACAUGAUCUGCCUCAGGACUCCCCGAGAGAUUUACCCAAGCGCGAACGAGAUGAUCGUAAAGAUGACAGACUUCCAUCUAGACUUGAUGAUAGAAGACGACCGUUAGAAGAUGAUGGUUGGUCAAAAGUCAGUCGGCGCUAAUAUCUAACACCCAAUUAAUUAUAUAAUCAUUUAAUAUAGAAGCAGAUCAUACUAUAAGCAGAUAGAUUUUUUAUUUAAUAACGGAAGGCUAUUAGUUUUUAUUGUUUUGUGCAUAAUUUUAUUCUUAAUAUUCUUAGUAGACAGUAAAGUGAAACACAUCAGGGAAGGAGCAGAGAGUUGCAACUCUUUCUCAUAUUUACGCGAAUUAAUUAUUAACGAUUAUUUAUGUACCUUUUUCAGAGAGGCCCUGUUUUACUAUCUUGAAAAAUAAGGCUAUGCAUAAGAUAAUAAAAAUUGUGGAAGGAGCGGUGUGCGCACGCACAUGCAUGUUGUAUGUAUGUAUGUAUGUAUGUAUGUAUGUAUGUAUGUAUGUAUGUAUGUAUGUAUGUAUGUAUGUAUGUAUGUAUGUAUGUAUG